AUGGGUGGCAAGUCACACCUAACACAAGAGCUAUCCUUGGCGCUUAACAAUUUUGUGGGAAAGAUUCCAGAAGAAAUAGGCCGCUUGCAGAGGUUAUCUUUCUUCGAAGUGGUGGGCAAUAAUCUGACCGGUAAGAUCCCUUAUGCCUUUUACAAUAUAUCAACAAUGAGCAUCAUAUCAACUGCAGUUAACUAUCUUAGUGGCACUCUUCCAGCCAACAUAGGCCACACUCUCCCUAAUCUCAAAAUUUUGUCCAUCUCGACCAAUCAAUUCUCUGGUCCAAUCCCACUUUCACUGUCCAAUGCUUCUAAGCUUCAAGUGCUUGCUUUUUCCAAAAACAAUUUUGUGGGACAGGUUCCUACUGAUCUGGGAAACCUGCCAAAUCUUUGGUGGCUAGGUGUUGAGUAUGGAAUGGGUAGUGAUGCAUCAAAAGAAGAAGAUGUCUAUAGCUUUGAGAUCUUCGCAUUGGAACUGUUCACGGGAAAGAGGCCUAUUGACAAAAUGUUUGAAGAUGAUUUCGACCUCUAUAACUUUGUUAAGAUGGCAUUGUCAGAAAGACUUAUGCAGAUUGUAGAUCCAAACUUUCUCACAAGAGAAGUAAAUGAAAUGUCAAUGCCAAUAGAAAACGCUAGUUACAAGUAUGAUCAUCGCGAUGAUAUUGAGGAGGAAGAGGAAAGUCACAUUGAGAACCUAAGCCGGAUGAAUGCCAAUAUGCAGAAGUGUUUACUUUCAGUUUUCAAAAUCAGUCUUGCUUGUUCAUUGGAAUCACCAAAGGAAAGAACAAAUAUGCAGGACGUCACUAGGGAACUACAUCGAAUCAAAAAUGCUUUUCUAGGUAUUGGAUAUGGACCAACUCAGGAACAUGGAGCUUUGUGA